UCCUCUUCUUUUUUAGCCAGUUAUGAAAACAUGUGAGUUGGUACUUUUUUAAUUUUCUCAAAUGCACAGCGGGGUUCCUCCCCCACUUGCAACUCACCUCUACCAAAGUUAAACAAUUUAUAAUGAUUCGUCUUCGUAUAAUUCCUUGUUAUUUCAUCUAUCAAAACCCAAAAUUAAUUGUUUGCAAAUGGAGUUCUCUAAAUGCAUAGCGGCUCAAGAGUGUAGCAGCGGUGAAUCAGGAUGGACAAUGUACAUUGUUUCUCCUAUGAAUGAAACCAAUCAUCAUCAUGGCCAUGAUGAAAGUGAUGGUGAUUAUAACAAUGAAGAUAGCGAUGAUUCAAUGGUCUCAGAUGCAUCUUCAGCACCAACUCAUCAAGCAAUCUUGCAUGGAAUGUCCAAGAAACGAAGUGGUUUGCGCCGCGAAUUUAAACAUGUAGUGAAUCAAAGGAAAAUGGAGAAGAAGUUAUAUGAUAGAAGGAAAAAAGCAAUGAAAGAAGAACAUAAGACAUUUAUUGAUGUUAAGGCAAGGAAGAUUAGUUAAUUAAUUAGUUUGUUUGAAGUAUGAUUUUUACUACUGUUGCAUAUUUUGAAAGAAUUAAGGAGCCAAAUUUAAUGGUGAAAAUCCCAUGCACAUACUCAUUUGUUGUUUUAUUAUGAAAUCAAGAUGGC